AUGGCGGCAGUUUCCACAUGUUACAUCAGCUGUGGGUGUAAUAGAAGUCCACACAGCGCCGAUUGGGGCCCAAAUGGUUUAGUUUGUUAUUCAACAUGUCAUGCCAUCGCCAUUUACCAACCACAGGGACAAGACCGUGUGGCUCGAGUGCUGUGUACUUUGAAUGGCCACAAUAACAAAAUUAAUUGUGUGACGUGGGUGAGAAAAGCAGACAUCACAGACACAGAUGGAGAUGAAUGUCUUGUAUCUGGUUCAGUUGACACCACUGCCAUUGUGUGGCAGAAACAGCAAGGUCAGUAUAAAUCCAUUGCAACAUUGAAAGGACACACUGGUCCAAUCAACUCUGUGGCUGCGCUGACUGUUCCUGCUGAAGAUGGACUGUCGGAUACCUAUGUGGUGACAACAUCUGCAGAUUCACAGGUGAAGAUAUGGAGAAGGAAAGGUGAUGAUGACUACAAUUUGUUACAGACACUUUCAUAUGGUUCAGGGUUUGCCCUGGAUGUGGCAUUAACAGUUAUCCCUAAAUCACACAUACCAGUGCUGGCCUGUGGCUGUGAUGACCAGAAAAUUCACCUUUAUGUGCUCCAAGAAGAUCAGUUUACAAAGGUCAUCAGUUUACAAGGUCACGAGGACUGGAUCAGGGCAGUGGACUUUACAACAGAUGACAAAGGGGACUUACUUCUGGCCAGUGCAGCGCAAGAUCACUUUAUCAGGAUUUGGAGAAUUUCACAACGGGAAGCUGGUGAUGAGGUGGUCAGAAUGGUCAAGGAACUCUCAAUUGAUGAAGAAAUAAAAAUGCGAGAGAACACAUUCAGUUUUAAGGGUACAGGUGGCCCCAUGACCUUUGCCCUCAGUUUGGAUUCAGUCCUUAGUGGCCAUGAAAAUUGGAUAUACAGUGUCCGUUGGCAGCCUCCAAAGAAAAUGGAUACAGGAUACCACCAGCCCAUGCGUCUUCUCUCAGCAUCAAUGGACAAAACCAUGAUCUUAUGGAAACCUGACCAUGACACUGGAGUGUGGGUAGAGGAGGUGCGAGUUGGAGAAGUUGGUGGUAACACACUCGGUUUUUAUGGUGGCAUGUUCAGUCCUCAUGGAGACGCUAUCAUUGCUCAUGGUUACCAGGGUGCCUUUCACCACUGGUCUUAUGACAAGGUUAAGGAGACAUGGAAGCCACUUGUCACUUCAAGUGGUCAUUUUUCUGCUGUCCAGGACUUGUCUUGGGAUCCCAGCAACGGUCAGUAUGUGGUCAGUGUAAGCCUAGACCAGACCACAAGGCUUCAUGCACCUUGGGUCAAAGCUGGACAAGAGACCUCCUGGUAUGAAAUAGCAAGACCUCAGGUGCAUGGUUAUGACCUUCAGUGUGUGGCAUUGGUCCACAAAUAUAGCAUGGCCACUGGAGCUGAUGAGAAAGUUGUCCGAACAUUUGAAGCAACAAGAAAUUUCAUUGACAAUUUUUGUAGUAUCUGCGGUAGAAAUCUGAACAAAGAACUGCAAAAAGAGGAAGCUAAGAAUCGUCCAGAAGGAGCCAGCGUGCCCGCUCUUGGUUUAUCAAACAAAGCCGUAUUUACUGAUCAGAAGGAACAACCUGUUCCUAAAGAAGAGAAAUGCCAUCCAAAUGAUCAGUACCCAGAGGUUUACUUCCAGUCUGUACACAUGAUGGAACCACCAACUGAGGAACAUCUUCUACAAAAUACUUUGUGGCCUGAGACUCAGAAACUGUACGGACAUGGAUACGAAGUCUUUUCCUUGGGGUGUGAUCCCCAGGGUACAGUGCUGGCCUCAGCCUGUAAGGCAGCAAAGGCUGAGUUUGCUGGUGUGAUAUUGUAUGAUUGUAAGACUUGGACACAGCAGUGUACUUUGGAAGGACAUUCACUGACGGUUACUCAGAUAGCAUUCUCUCACAGUGGUCAGUUUCUACUGACAGUGUCUCGUGAUCGCACAUGGGCUCUGUACCAAAGGAAGGAAAAGGACUCUGCUGAUAAGGAGCCACUGUUUUCCAAGGUGGUCGCCACAGACAAGAAAUCAGCUGUACAUACAAGGAUCAUAUGGUCAUGUGGCUGGUCACAUGAUGACAAAUACUUCAUCACGGCAGCAAGAGACAAAAAGGUACUAGUCUGGAGACGGCCAGACCAUUCUCCAUCAGGGGGAGGCACUGUAGAAAAGCCAGUCGGAAUGAUAGAUGUAGGGGACUCCGCAACGGCAGUGGAUAUGGGGCCAGUACAACUGUCCAAUAACAGAUAUAUUGUUGCUGUGGGAUUAGAGAGUGGCUCCAUACAGCUGUACACUUGGAACAUCGCAGAUGACAACAGUGCCUCAGUAUGGAAGAAGUUCGAUCAGCUAAAUUUCCAUCACUUGACAGUUAAGAGACUUAAGUUUCGCCCAUGCUUGGGUCGAGCAGGUACUGAUGAGGAUGAAGCCUGGCUUCAACUGGCCAGCUGUGGGGCAGAUCACGCAGUCCGUAUAUAUGAUAUAGACUUAACAAAAGUUUGAUUGUGGAUGUAUCUUAACCCUAGAUUACCCACGAAGGGCUGUCAGUACAAUAUAGAUAUACUAAAAGUCUGAAUUUCAACCUUCAGCAUAGAGCUUGGCUCAACACCAGUUACAGAUAUCAGUGCCAUCAGAGAUAAUGUCAUUUUAAUCUGUCUAUUAUCAUGCAACGUUUAUCCUAGCCAUGUCUGAAAUACUAUUUCUGUGGUGAUGAAAUAAGGAGUUCUUUCAACCUUACAGGGAUUACUUUAGCAGUAUUUGUUUUAUACAAUAAUAUACAACAAUGUGCAAUAACAACCCUUGUGCCCAUCAAACUGCUGUGAUUCCUACUGAAUGUACUCACUUGGUACCACUUUUCAUGUCUAAAACUUCAUCAUUACAUAGAGAAACUUUUAUUAUGCAAAGGUACCUGGGACAUUCUCAAACUUUGUCAGGGCUUUUGCAAUGAAAGUGUUUGCUAAGCUUAAUUUACAUGUCCAUGUACAGCUUCACACAGCCCUCCAAUACUAAGUCUGAAGGUGAUACAUCAGUGUGACCACCUGGUAAUAUUGGUAGAAAUUCUUCUGUUGAUUACACUUCAUUCAUCAUUUGGUAACCAUAUGUAAAUGGUACUUGUGAAGAUUUUAUCAGCUUAAUCAGAAGUUCCAUAAGGCCACUUACAUUUUAUCACAAAUAAUAUCAGCAAUUUCCCUGGGAAUUUUAGACCAGACAUGAAGUUUUAUGUGGUCACCUGCAACAAGUCUUCAGCCAGAAAGUGCACAUUUCUCAGCCAGUUAGCCACACAGAUGAA